AUGGUUGGUGUCCUCACUUACAACAUCCACUCUGGAGUUGGCGGCGACGGAGUUUACGAUCUUGAGCGCAUUGCUGGAGUCGUACGCAGAUCUGGAGCUGAUGUUGUGUGCUUGCAGGAGGUUGAAGCGAACGGCGAGGUUCUGCGAGUGCGAAAAUGGUCUGUCCCGCAUGCUGACAAUCAGCCGCAGCAAAUCGCAGCCAUGUGUGGAUUGCCACACUUCACAUUCUCCGCCACCUUGACUGCGACCUUCUCGAAGGAUUCGCUGCGUGGUGGAGAAGUUCUACAACACUCUGGAGACGGGCGGUACGGACUUUGCAUUUUGAGCAGGUUCCCAAUCAUCCGGUCGCGUCAGCUGUCCUUCAACCGCGCGGAGGGAAGUCCUGGUGAAACUCUCUUCAUGGACCAGGAAGAGCAGCCGCGGGGCGCUCUUGCAGUGCUCCUGGACAUGCAGGAAGAGGAUGCCGAGCCGAUGUGGGUUGUGAACACGCACCUCUCCCACAGGAUUGCGUCGAAGGAGCAGCGACGGCAAGCGGCAGAGGUCCUCCACUGGAUGGACGAACUACGAUCCGAAGAUCUGCCAGAAAGUGAUAGGGCAACGUUUCUGCUAGCAGCCGAUUUGAAUUCACCGUCUUUCUGUCCAUACUCUUCCUAUUCGGUCAUUGCUGCAGACUCCAGGUGGAAAGACCUUUGGCAGGAGGGUGGUGGCCCGUGCUGCUGCUCAGCCACCUUCCCAGCGAAUUGGUGUGGCGGCUUCUUUGGAACCAGGAUUGAUCACAUCUUCGGAUUGUGUCUGGAAGAUGGACCAAUUCCAAUGUGUGAAACUGCCCGAGUUGUGCGCGAGACACCUGCGGAUGAACUUGCCUCCGACCACUGCGCCGUGUUUGUACAGAUGGAUUUUGUUGUGGCCCCCGAUGUUUGUAGCAAGGAGGAAGUUACUGUCCAUCAGCCGCUGGCAGGCUGA